GUCACAGGUAAUGCAAUCUCUAAGCUCUGUCUGUGUGACGCUAACUACAUAAGAGCACGUUCCCUUGCACACCCAGCAGAAUCAAAGGAAACAGCAGCAAACUAAAGACAUCCUAUCUCCUUCAGAGUUCUGGUUUGAUUCCACUCUGCACCUCCGGGAACUCUUCACAGAGCCACGACCACACAUCCAGCCAUGCGGUUCAACGUAGUGUUCAUUCUAAUCCUAGCCUGUCUAUGCGUCACGCUGGCCCAAGGUUCCUAUGAAGACUGCUGUCUGAAGUACGUGCGGAGGGUGAAGAAGACCGCUGUGAGGAUGGUGACGAGUUACAGGAGGCAGGAGACGGACGGGGGCUGCAACAUCCACGCUAUAGUGUUCACCAUGAAGAGAGGCAGGUUGUUCUGUGCUGACCCCAGAGAGAAGUGGGUGAAUGAACUGAUGCUGAAGGUUGAAACCAAGAAGAGUAAAAAGCACAUGAAGGGGCUAAAGAAGCGAGGAGGCUAGAAGCUCUGCCUUCGAGACCGUGUCGUCUAUAACCAUUUACUCUGCCAUCCUGCCUGACGAGUCCUGUUGUAAAAUCAGUACGAUUUUCGAUGAUGUCUGGUCAUUGGAGGGACAUUUUUGCUUUUCUACUGCAGAAGACAUCUGCUGCUUUAACAGAGAUCUAACUGGAAAUGCUGCAUACUUUCUGCUACUGUGCAGUUCUGCUAUUCCUUUAACAGACACCCGUACCUGUUGAAGUCAGCCCAGCCAUUCUGUAUGGCUGCAUUUUACUGUAUAGCAAUCCUGUCGGAACCUGUGUGUGUGUGUGCGUGUGUGUGUGUGUGGGUGUGUGUGUGUGUGUUUGUGUGUGUGUGUGUGUGUGUGUGUGUGUGUGUGUGUGUGUGUGUGUGUGUGUGUGUGUGUGUGUGUGUGUGUGUGUGUGUGUGUGUGUGUGUGAGCGUGUGAGUGUGUGUUUGUACAGUUUUUUGUGUGUAGCAUAAAACCAGUGAUGUUAAAAGUACCCAAUUGCCAUAGUUGAGUAAAAGUAAAGAUACCUUAAUAGAAAAUGACUCAAGUAAAAGUGAAAGUCAGCCAGUAAAAUACUACUUGAGUAAAAAUCUAAAAGUAUUUGGUUUUAAAUAUACUUAAGUAUCAAAAGUAAAUGUCAUUACUAAAAUAUAUUUAAGUAUCAAAAGUAAAAGUAAAAUAAUUUAAAAAAUCCUUAUAUUAAGCAACCCGGAUGGCACAGGUUAAUUAUUUAUUUUAUAUAUGGAUAGCCAGGGGCACACUCCAACACUCAGACAUCAUUUACAAGCAACGCAUGUGUGUUUAGUGAGUCCAUCAGAUCAGAGGCAGUAGGGAUGACCAGGGAUGUUCUCUUGAUAAGGGCGUGAAUUAGACAAUUUCCCUGUCCUGCUAAUAAGCAUUUCAAAUGUACUUUUGGGUGUCAGGGAAAAUGUAAGGAGUAAAAAGUACUUUUUUUUCAGGAAUGUAGUGAAGUUAAAGUAAAACCUGUCAAAAAUAUGAAAAGUAAUGUAAAGAUACUCAAAAAUGUAUUUCUACUUAAGUAUUUUUUUUACACCACUGCAUAAAAUCUGGUAUUGCAUUUCACUGUAACGCGUACUACACCUGUUGUAUUCGGCGCAUGUGACAAAUACAAUUGGAUUUGAUUUGUAUUGAACAACAACAACCAACCAUUGCGCCACCAAGUAAAAGUGCCUACAAUUUUUUGAAUGAAAUCUCUUUGCAUUUAUGUUUUGAGACUGUAUAUUUUUUUGUCAAAUGUAUAUUUUUCUCGCUUGUUAUAUCGGUUUUCACUAACAAAUACUAAUAAAGUUGUGUACUGCAUUUCA